CAAAUAAAGGAAAAGCAGAACCAUGUGUCUGAUGGCAAAAGAGGGGACGCAGUUCACUUUUCUGAUAGCCAUUUCAUGAGUCAGCUGACCUGAGAUACAUACGUCAACUCUCAUGAGAUUUCUUGAGCUAGGAAGGUGGUUGGCUUACAGCACAGUAGGGAGCUUCUACGGCUGACUGGUGUGGGAUACCUGUGCCACAGGAAUGCAAGAGCCAUUGCUUCUUCCAGCCCUUGUCUUUCUGCUGAGCUUGUCUGGAGCUGUGAUUCAGAAAACCAAAGCUUCCUGUCAGUGCCCUGAAAAUGCUUCCUGUGUCAAUAAUACUUACUGCACCUGCGACUCGGGAUAUACUUCUGGAUCUGGACAGAAACUAUUCACAUUCCCCUUGGAGAUAUGUAAAGAUAUUAAUGAAUGUCAACCACCCUUUAGUGUAUACUGUGGGGUAAAUGCUGCAUGUCAGAAUGUGGAAGGAAGUUUCUACUGUCACUGUGUCCCAGGAUAUAAACUCCAUUCUGGGGAUGCACAGUUCAAGAGUUCCAGCGAGAACACUUGUCAGGACGACACCUCCUCAGAGACAACCCAAGGCGGGAAAGAGCUGCAAAAAAUUGUGGACAAUUUUCAGUCACUUCUCACCAAUCAGACUCUAUUGAGAACAGGAGAGAGACAAGAAAUCUCAUCCAGAGCUACCUCUAUUCUUCAGGAUGUGGAAUCAAGUGUUCUAGAAACUGCCUUGAAAACGCCAGAACAAAAAGUCCAGAAAAUCCAGAACAGUACUAUGGCUGUUGAAACUCGAGUGAUCACAGACAAUUGCUCUGAAGACAGACAGACAUUCAGCUUGAACGUCCAAAUGAACUCCAUGGACAUCCAUUGCCGUGACGCCAUCCAGGGAGACACACAAGGUCCCAGUGCGGUUGCCUUUAUCUCAUAUUCUUCUCUUGGAAAUAUCAUAAAUGCAACUUUUUUUGAAGAGAUGGAUGAGAAAGAUCGACUAUAUCUGAACUCUCAGGUAGUGAGUGCUGCUAUUGGACCCAAAAGGAACGUGACCCUCUCCACGCCUGUGAUGCUGACUUUCCAGCACGUGAAGAUAAACCCCAGAAGCAAAAAAGUCUUCUGUGUCUACUGGGAGAGCACAGAGCAGGGCGGCCAGUGGUCCAAGGAUGGCUCCUUCCUGAUAAGCAUGAACAAGAGUCAUACCGUGUGCAAUUCCACUCACUUGUCCAGCUUCGCUGUCCUGAUGGCACUCACCAGCCAGGAGGAGGAUCCCAUGCUGACCGUCAUCACCUAUGUGGGGCUGAGCCUCUCUCUGCUGUGCCUCCUCCUGGCAGCCCUCACCUUCCUCCUGUGCAAAGCCAUCCAGAACACCAGCACCUCGCUGCAUCUACAACUCUCACUCUGCCUCUUCCUGGCCCACCUCCUCUUCCUCGUGGGGAUUGAUCAAACUGAAGCCAAGGUGCUGUGCGCCGUCAUCGCUGGUGUCUUGCAUUAUCUCUACCUGGCUGCCUUCACCUGGAUGCUGCUGGAGAGCCUGCACCUCUUCCUCACUGCACGGAACCUGACGGUGGCCAACUACUCAAGCAUCAACAGACUUAUGAAGUGGGUCAUGUUCCCAGUCGGCUAUGGCGUUCCCGCUAUGAUUGUGGCCAUUUCUGCAGCCUCCAGGCCUCACCUUUACGGAACCACUGAUCGGUGCUGGCUCCACCUGGACAAGGGAUUCAUCUGGGGUUUCCUUGGCCCAGUCUGUGCCAUUUUCUCUGUGAAUUUAGUGUUUUUUCUCUUGGUGUUUUGGAUUUUGAAAAGAAAACUUUCCUCCCUCAACAGUGAAGUGUCAACCAUCCAGAACACAAGGAUGCUGACUUUCAAAGCAACAGCUCAGCUCUUCAUCCUGGGCUGCACGUGGUGUCUGGGCUUCCUACAGGUGGGUCCGGCUGCCCGGGUCAUGGCCUACCUCUUCACCAUCAUCAACAGCCUGCAGGGCUUCUUCAUCUUCUUGGUCUACUGCCUCCUCAGCCAGCAGGUCCAGAAACAAUAUCAAAAGUGGUUUAGAGAGAUGCUCAAAUCAAAAUCUGAGUCUGAGACAUACACACUUUCCAGCAAAGUGGGUCCUGACUCAAAACCCAGUGAGGGAAGGGAGGGACGUGUGCAUCCUGAAAGAGAAGCAGGCUGUCCCUGAAGGUUCUCAAAGAUUCAGUGGGAACAACUCACGUGCUCAGCAAAACUAUUGAUGAUGACCAAGUGUGAGUAAUUCUCCUGGCAGAACAUCCGGGCUCCGUCCCAUGACUUCGUGGUUGGGGAGAAGUAGUAACACUUGCUCUCAAAGGGGAGCCAACCUUCAGGACAGGUAACUCGGGAGCAGUCUGGAAACCGGACAGGAUGCUGUCAGGAUGGCCCCAGAACCUGAGCCAUGUACAUUGUAUGCCACAUACAGUUGUGCGGGCUCAACUCCAGGGGAACACCAUUCACAUAGACUGCACUGAGAAUCACUUCAGGGCAGUAAUGUAAUGUGCCAGCUCUGCCAUGGCCCCUGUCCCUGGGCAAUUACCCAAGCCUCACUCACCUAAUAAGCCCCAAAGUUCCACCAGGGACUGGUUGGUGUCAGCUCUUACACGGUCAAUGUCAUGCUUCAGGCCAGCUAGCCCUGCCAUGCCAGUCACUGUCAGAAGGGAUGGGCUUGAGGAUUAGAGACUCAGAACCCACCCCAUCCAUCCACCACGGACUGCAGACACAUCACAGAGAAGCAAAUGUGGACUCCACUGCGUCCACAUUCCAGUGGGUCAUGCUUGAGCUCAAAAACCACAUGUACAGUACUCAGAAUCUGAGAAUGGCUCAGAGGAGGGAUCAAUCCCUGGGACCUGGGGAAGAGUAAGGAUGGUGGGCACCCUGGAGGAAGUGGGUUUUAAAGGAAGACAAUG